AUUGUCGGCACCCUGGUGACUGCUGCGGGGAACGCGCCUCCCUCGCCGAGCUGCCUGUCACUCGACCCUCACAGCCGCAUCAGCAACGCGUGGCAGCAUCUCUUCCUGCACCCAUUUUUCUCCCUCACCUCGACCGUUCCAGAGCAAGUAAGACCAACUUCGUGUCGAACAUCUUUUCCCACCGUCCAUUACAUCUUGCUGGCUGGACUGUGCACCGUCGUGGCAAGCCAGAACCGAUCCGAGAUUCCACAGACGGAACCGCAGCGAAUCGCAACCCCACAAUUUCAUUCUGACCCUCCUGUGAUUCUUCCAGCCUGUUCACUUAACACCGCCGCGCAGCCGCACGAAUUUGGGCUGGCAAACACUCGGGUCCUGACUGAAACGCGUUUCUCAAGGGUUUUUUUUCCCGACAGCGCACCCGCCCACUGAUUAGCCAUGGGUAUCAACAAUCCUCUUCCGUCCUCACUGGGGUCGGAAUGCAAAAAGUGCGCCAAGAUCCUUACCUCCUUCAUUGAUCCGCGUCAGGCCUUCGGUCCUGAAAAGGUUAUUCCUCCAUCCAUUCUCGCCAAUGCCAAGGGCCUCGCGAUCCUUACCGUCCUCAAAGCGGGCUUCCUCGGAUCGGGGCGCUUCGGCAGCGGCCUCGUGGUCGCACGGCUCCCGGAUGGCUCGUGGAGCGCGCCGUCCGCGAUCGCGACGGCCGGCGCCGGGUUCGGCGGGCAGAUCGGGUUCGAGCUGACCGACUUCGUCUUCAUCCUCAACGACUCGAGCGCGGUCAAGACCUUCUCGCAGGCCGGCUCGCUCACGCUGGGCGGCAACGUGUCGAUCGCGGCGGGGCCGGUGGGCCGCAACGCCGAGGCGGCCGGCGCCGCGUCGCUGCGCAGCGUCGCGGGCAUCUUCAGCUACUCCAAGACCAAGGGCCUCUUCGCGGGCGUCUCGCUCGAGGGCUCCGCCAUCAUCGAGCGCAAGGACGCCAACGCCAGGCUGUACGGUCGCCCCGUCUCGGCGAGGGAGCUGCUGAUGGGCGGCGAGCGCCCGCCGCCGCAGGCCGCCCCGCUGCUCAGCGUCCUCAACUCGCGCAUCUUCCGGGGCAUCGGCGGCCCGGGGGGCAUGGCGGACGACCGGAUGUACAACGACAUACCCGUGUACGACGACCACCGGGACGAGGUCGUCUGGGGCGGCAAGACCGGGCCGGCCUACGGCGAGGGCCAGCCGAGGGACGGCGGGUACGGCGGCGGCGGCGGGUACGGCGUGCAGGCGCACGACGAGUUCGGGCGGCCCAAGCGGUCGACGACGUGGCAGGACGACGUCUACGACCAGCAGCCCCGGUCGUUCGGCCAGCAACCGCCGUCGCGCUCGAGCACGUUCCACCACGACGGCCCGCCCGGGCGGCCGGCGGCGCCCAAGCCCAACUACGCCAGCAAGGAGGCGCUGCUCAAGAAGAACGAGGCCAUCGCGCUGUAUAACUUUGAGCCCGACCAACCGGGCGAUCUGGGAUUCAAGAAGGGGGACAUUAUCACGGUGCUGAAGAAGACGGACAGUGACAAUGACUGGUGGACAGGAAUGAUCGGGACGAGGCACGGGAUAUUCCCCAGCAACUAUGUCAAGAUGAGGGAGUGAUGGCUGGCGCUAGGCUCUCGGGAAGUCUCUUCCAUUUCCCUUCUGGUGGCGCCGGACUUGUGUGAGGGCCGGUAUGGCGACGACCGACCACCUUAUCAUUGGGACAGUGGCAGUUCGAGCUGAUUGAUCGCCCCGGGGCCUCUUUCCCUGGGCGAAACCGAAAUCGAUGACGACGUUCGCCACCCCCGUUGGAUGGCAAGAUUGUUUCGGAGGGCGGUG